AUCUUCUCCAAAACCCCCGAGAAGAUUCCACUCAUUGACACCAAAAAUCUUGUGUCACUAGUUCAUGUUCUCAUCCUUUUCCACCGCUUUAUCCUUCGGAUUUUGCAAGGAGUUCUGGAUCCGCUCCGUUUUUUACAUUGUUGUAUAGCUGGAGAAACAUUUAACUACCAUGUUGCCGUGCAAGAGGAUAAAGAAUGUGGACAUGAAAGACAGCAGCAAGCGAAUUUUGAUCAUGAUAAACGUUGUGGGAAGCGCGGGUCCGAUUCGGUUUGUGGUCAGUGAAGAGGCUGCGGUGGCUGCAGUCAUCGAGACCGCUCUUAAGUCCUAUGCUCGUGAAAGCCGUCUUCCGGUUCUCGGUACCAAAUGCACUGAUUUCUUUCUUUACACUCCGAUCGCCGGAACCGAAGCUCUGAAUCCGUGUGAGAUGAUCGGAUCUUUUGGAGUGAGGAACUUCUUGUUAUGCAAGAAAACAAAAGAGGUGGCGGAGAUAACGAGGAAGAGCUCCGGCAGGUGGAAGUCAUGGUUCAAUAAAUCGCUUACUCUGAAAGUUACUCCUCGUUGAGUUAACUGUAAAGGGUUAACUAUUGGAUCAAUGGUUUUUGGAUACAUAUGACGAAUUGACGAUGUGUUGUUUUUUAAAUAAAUUUGGCAUGGUGGUAUCCUAGCUAGUUAGUCUACAUAGUUGUAGUCAUGGGUGUUGAUUUUAAAACGGCAUAUGUCAAUUUGAAUAAAGACGUCAUCGGUGUUGAUUUUAAAA